CAUCACGUCACCCCCACAGUAGUAGUAGUGCCCUCUUGUGCUUAUGCAGGCGAGAGAGCGAGAGACAGAGACAGAGAGUGAAAGAGAGUGAACGAGAUAGUUAGUGAGGUAGAGUUCCUCUUCCUCUUUGGAUUGCCUCACUCUCCGCCACAGCCCCUUCCCACCCUCUUCUUCCCCAUCUCACCCCGCAGAUGAGGGUGCACAGAUAAAAGAAGAAGAAUCCUUCAAGGCCUUUGUUUGGGUGAUGGUUGGUGCUGCCCCGGGGAUGUUACACUGACGCCACAGUAUUAAGUUGAGGUUUUGGCGACGCUUUUGGAUUCAUGGAUACCUCUAGCAAGGUGAGCAGCAUGGAGGGGAACAAGGAGACCACUGAAGAUGCGAGUGUUGCGGUUGAAAGGAGUAACGGCGGUGGACCUAAUGGAGUGGAAAUUGAAGGGAGGGGUGAUUCGUACGUGGGCCCCAGUCCUCCUCGGGCACCUGUAACCGAUGACACGGAAGAUGAAGUAGAGGAAGUUGACGGAAGCGGAGACAACGAUAGCUUCGACAGCGCCGUUGAGAGGUUUGGUGCCUCCUCUGCUGCAAGUGUUGAGCCUUCCAGCCCUGUGAGUUCAUACGCUGAUGCUCUGAAGACCAAGGAUACAGCACCAGAGGUGAAGGAAGAGGAAAGCGUCGAGAAAGACGAGAGCAACAAAGUAAAGGAGAAUGGAGGCGGCAGUAGCGCGAAGGAUGAGGCUAGGGCUAGGAACUCUGAAGGAGAAGAAGAAUUUUCCGAGGUUCCUAUUAGGACCAUGCCUGUUGCCAAAGUUACUACCGUGGACGAAGAUCAAGAUGGUGACGUCGAGGAAGACGAUGAAGAAGAGGUGGACAAUGAAGAAGAAUUCGAAGAAGCGAAUGACCAAGUUUUUGGAGAGGAGGAAUACGCUACCUCCACUGCAUUUAGACAAGAGUACGAAGGCAGUUUACCACGUAGUAUGCCACGAAUCAUAGCUCGGGAGUCUGGUGAUGAUAUCUCUGACGAAUUUUCGGAAGAGGAAUUUAACGAAGAGGAAACGGAAGAUGAAGCCGAGCAGGAAGAGGGAGGUGCUGUAACGGAGGCAACUGGUAAGGAAGAAUUUGGAAAAGAGACGACCUCCAAGGAGGUGACCGACAUUCCCUUAGUAGAGCAACCUGCAGAGACUGAAGUUGGUGAUCGUUUGAAGUCGGACGAUAGCUCGAAUGUAGAGAACUUCGUGAAUACACAGGGUAGCGGUCGUGAAGAUGUUAGUGAAGAACAGCGGGGCUUGGAAGUAUCGCUCCAAGCGGCCAAGAUCGAAGAAGCCCAGGUUGUAGAGUCUGAACAGCCUCACGAGGAAGAGAAAGAACUGACUCGGGCAGUUUCGUCACUUGUUGCUGAACCUGAAAAUUUUGAUGUAGGAGUAAAGGAAGUAGUUGCCUCUGAAGUAGUUCCUCUUGCAACGGUAGAUGUGAAGGAGGGUGAAUUGGAGACGACUGACGAAGCAACCACUGCACCGAAAAUGGAUGUAGAGAAUAGAGAAUGCUCAGCCGAUUUGGCUGAAGAGUUGCGAAAGCUAUCUGCCUCUCGCUCACUGAGCGAAGAGGUUUUCACGAAUGAAGAAGCUGAGCCUGCAGUGGGUACUGAGAAUGCCUCCACUGAUAGCAAGCCUGACGAGGUGAAGGAAUUCGAUGUCGAUUCUUUUCCUGUAACUGAGUCAAACUAUGUUGUCAGAAGGGCCGCAUCUAACGACCUUGUGGCUGAGCUGGAGAAGUUAGCUGCUGCUCGAUUGGAGAAUGAAUCGAGCGAUAAUGCCACAAUUCCUGUCGAAGAAGAUAGCAAGGCUGAUGUGAAGGAUACCUCACAAGACAUCACCGUAGCAACUGCCAGUUCAUCCGAGGGAGCUAAUAAGGAAGACGAACCUGCAUCGACAGAAUCUAGUUCCCCUAAAGAACCUGAAGUGGAUGAUGGUGAGGGCUCUGUUGAAGUGCAGUCAUCAAUUAUUGAAGACCUUGAGAAAGUUGGCAAUGAUUUCACUCCUAGUAAUGCUGAAAAGGGAUCUUCCGAGGCACAGAUAGUGGAAGAGAAUAAGGUGGGAGUAGACCCUGCCCUUGUCAGUGAAGGGGCACCUGAGGGUGUUAUUGAAGGUCCAGCAGUGGUAUCUAGUCCGGCGAAGAUGUACACUGCCUUGAAAGCGGUGGACGACGAAAUGCCUCCCUUGAAGUCCGAGAAUAAAGCUGUAGUUGAGACAGAAAAGGUAGAAUCAAAACCACGGGGCUUCUCAGCGAUAGAUUUCGCUGAGGAAGAUGGUGACUCGGACGCUGAUGCUGAGGACGAGGAUGAUGAGGAUGACGAAGAUGAUGACGAAGAUGACGAUGAUGAAGAUGACAAAGAUAUGGUUACUGCCAAAGCGCUAGCAGAGCUAGCCAAUGCAGUUGGAAAAUCUGGGGAUGGUGCUGAGAGUGGUAAAAAGUCAUCAAUGGGUGCAGCUGGACCCUCUUUGCCCUCUUUACCUCAACGGCCAGCUGUUAGGAAAACAGCUGCUGCAACAGCAUUAGACACGGCUGGCAGGAUUACCCAACGUCCUAACGGUGCUCCGUCAACCCAACUCACAGCUACAACCGAAGAGAACGCAAACAGUGACACAGCCGAAGGCAAUGAAACUCGAGAGAAACUUCAGAAUAUCAGGGUUAAGUUUUUGAGGUUGGCUCAUCGUUUGGGUCAAUCCCCGCAGAACGUGGUCGUGGCCCAAGUGUUGUAUCGUCUGGGAUUGGCAGAGUCAUUGAGAGGUGGCAACACGUCCAAUCGCGCGGGAGCAUUCAGUUUCGACCGCGCCAACGCCCUUGCGGAAGAGCAGGAAGCAGCUAACCAAGAGGAGGAGCUUGACUUUGCAUGCACAAUUUUGGUUCUUGGAAAGACUGGAGUUGGAAAGAGUGCGACCAUUAACUCGAUAUUUGAUGAUCGCAAGUCAGUGACAAGCGCCUUCAAACCAUCGACCAACAAAGUCCAAGAGAUUGUUGGAACUGUGCACGGUAUCAAGGUUAGGGUGAUAGACACACCUGGGCUACUCCCUUCUGUGGCAGAUCAACAACACAAUGAGCGCAUCAUGGGGCAAGUCAAGAAGCACAUCAAGAAGGCGUCCCCAGACAUUGUUUUGUACUUCGAUCGUCUGGACAUGCAGAGCCGUGAUUUCGGCGAUCUUCCUCUGCUAAAAACCAUUACUGACCUGUUCGGAGCUGCGGUUUGGUUCAAUGCCAUCGUGGUGUUGACCCACGCCUCUUCUGCCCCUCCAGACGGGCCCAAUGGAGUUCCACUGAGCUACGAAAUGUUUGUAGCACAGAGGUCUCAUGUUGUGCAGCAGACGAUUCGACAAGCAGCCGGAGACAUGAGGUUGAUGAACCCCGUAUCACUGGUGGAGAACCACCCUGCUUGCAGAACCAAUCGCAAUGGGCAGAGGGUUCUACCCAAUGGGCAAAUUUGGAAGCCACAAUUGCUGUUGCUCUGUUUUGCCUCGAAGAUAUUAGCCGAGGCCAAUUCGCUGCUGAAGCUUCAAGAGACAGCCACUCCGGGCAGACCGUUUGGACAGCGAUCUCGGGUGCCACCUCUACCAUUUUUGCUUUCCUCUUUGCUUCAAUCCCGAGCUCAGCUGAAGUUGCCAGACGAGCAACUUGAUGAGUCGGAUGAGUCCGAUGACGAUGAGGAGGAAGAGGAUUCUGAAGCGGAUGACUACGAUGAACUUCCUCCUUUCAGACCACUCUCCAAAGAAGAACUGGAGGAGCUUACCAAAGAGCAACGGCAAGACUACAUGGAUGAGCUUGCUGACCGAGAGAGGUUGUUCCAAAAGAAGCAAUACAGGGAAGAGAUGCGCAGAAGGAAGGAGAUGAAGAAACGUCAGGCACAGAUGUCUAAGGAGGAAUUGGCUCAACCUGACGAAGCAGAUGAUGAGGCCGGACAACCUGCUGCAGUGCCAGUUCCCAUGCCAGACAUGGCAUUGCCUCCUUCAUUCGACUCUGACAAUCCCACUCACAGGUAUCGCUACUUGGAGACCGCGAACCAGUGGUUGGUGCGUCCUGUUCUGGAGACGCACGGGUGGGAUCACGACGCUGGGUACGAUGGGUUCAAUGUGGAGAAGAUGUUCGUGGUGAAGAACAAGAUCCCUGCGUCCAUCUCGGGGCAGGUGACGAAAGACAAGAAGGAGUCGCAGGUGAACUUCGAAGCAGCGGCGUCGCUGAAGCACGGAGAGGGGAAGGUGACUCUGACGGGAUUCGACGUUCAGACCAUCGGAAAGGACUUGGCAUACACACUGCGAGCAGAGACGCGGUUCAACAACUUCAAGAGGAACAAGACGACGGCAGGAGUGACGGCGACGUACUUGAACGACACGAUUGCGGCGGGGGUGAAGCUGGAGGACAGGAUCUUGAUAGGGAAGAGGGUGAAGAUGGUGGUGAACGGGGGAGUGCUGACAGGGAAGGGCGACAAGGCGUUCGGCGGAAGCCUGGAGGCGACGCUUCGGGGGAAGGAGUACCCGUUGAGUCGGACACUGUCGACUUUGGGGCUGUCAGUGAUGGACUGGCACGGAGACCUUGCGAUCGGGGGGAACUUACAGUCGCAGUUCAUGGUGGGGAAGACGAUGAUGGUGGGGAGGGCGAACUUGAACAACAGGGGAUCGGGUCAAGUGAGCAUCAGAGCGAGCAGCUCGGAGCAGCUGCAGAUGGUUCUGAUUGGGAUAGUUCCGAUACUGAGGUCGCUGAUCAACUGCCGCUUCGGCUUCGGUGGUGGUCAGUCCUCACAGUAGAUUGCUAGGUAUCUUUAAGAUAAUUUUAGUUGCCCGUUGCCCUUCUGACAGCUCGCUUCGCACAAGCGAAGAUUUCUGGAUGCUCAGCAAAUUUUUGUAGAAGUUAAAUGUUUUGGUGCUGGGCGAAAGUGGUGGCAUCCAUCUGUGCAGCAGCUGUGCAAGGAAGUCCAGGGCAACGGUGUUAGGAAGUCAGUUGCUCGUAUUGAUCAGUAAUACGAUUGUUUUGAAAGGAGAGUAAUCUUAGCACGAGGUUUGUGAGGGCUGUUUUCGCAUGUGGGAAUUUGUUGCCUCCUGGUCGCCAACUUUCAGUGUGUGGAGUUUCAUUCUCCGCACACAUGUGCUCUGUAUUGUAGUGAACUUGAAGCUACUAGAGAAUGCAAUGACAGAAGGAUUUCGUCUGCGGGCAUAGGAAUUUGUAGCGAGUCUGGGUUGUUAGUGGUAUAUUAUCACCGUGACAUGUUGACGGCUUGAUAGCCAUUUCUGUUUCGGCUUUCAAGGAGAACUCUGUUGUAGCAGUGAUUUCAAUGUACCUGGAGCUGUGCUUUCAAAUCAAGGCUCUCCUCACUCUAUGCUCAUUUUAUCAGUUUGGUA